GAGGUGCGGCCGGCUGCGGGCGGCCCUGGCUCCAGGCUCCUCCUCCUGCCGAUCCAGCCUUUUCCCACCCAGCCUCCACCCCUCCUCGGCUCGGCGCUGCAAAUCCUAGGCUUCCCUGAGAGCGGCGGCGGGAGCAGCGAAGGAGGUCGGAGGAGCGCAGCCGGCCGUCCGCACGGAUCACCCGGGUAGCAGCGGCGACAGCGCUAGCUUAGCUCCGGAGGUGCCGCGGGGCCCAGCGCGCCCCUGCGAGGCUAGCAGGCGGGGGCUGCAGCUGAGCGAGGGGGAAGAAAGUGAGCGUGUGUGCGUUGUGUGCGUGCGAGAGUGUAGGGGGCGACAGGCUCGAAUUAGGGCAGCAGAGAGGGCAGGGGAACCGGGGUGCGGCUCCCCAGUGUCUCCCCCAGCGGCACCCGCUUCCCGGCGCCCCUCACCAUGGACCUGCGCGGAGUCGGGAUGUGCCUUGGCCGCAGCGCGCGGGUGGCUGCCCGGCCCUGGGGGUGCGCGGGCGCGCGCGCGGAGAUGGCGAGGUAGGAUGGCCGUCCAGCGCGACCCCUGCCGCCCCAACCCAGCGGCCCCUGGGCGGUGCAGCUGACUCGCUGGAGCGCACAGGGGUGUGGGCGGAGGCGGCCCCGCAGCGCCCGCGUCUUCGGGAGUCGCUUUGCCUUUUCCACCCACUCGCACCUGCCACCGCGCGGAUACCAUGUCGAAAGCGGCUGGAGGCGCAUCGGCGGCGGAAAGUUGUCCUCCAACCUCUGCCGGCCCGUCUGCGGCCGCCGCCGUGGAGGACCUGUCCAAAGUGUCGGACGAGGAGCUGCUGCAGUGGAGCAAGGAGGAGCUGAUCCGCUGCCUGCGGCGCGCUGAGGCCGAGAAGGUGAGCGCGAUGCUGGACCACAGCAACCUCAUCCGGGAGGUCAACCGCCGCCUGCAGCUGCACCUCGGCGAGAUACGCGGGCUCAAGGAUAUUAACCAGAAACUCCAGGAGGACAACCAGGAACUGAGGGACCUCUGCUGUUUCCUGGAUGAUGACCGGCAGAAGGGCAAGAGGGUAUCCCGGGAGUGGCAGAGACUGGGCCGGUACACGGCGGGGGUGAUGCACAAGGAGGUGGCCUUAUACCUGCAGAAGCUGAAGGAGCUGGAGGUGAAGCAGGAGGAGGUGGUGAAGGAGAACAUGGAGCUCAAGGAGCUGUGUGUGCUGCUGGACGAGGAGAAGGGCACGGGCUGCGCGGGCAGCCGCUGCUCCAUCGACAGCCAGGCCAGCCUGUGCCAGCUCUCCGCCGCCGCGGCACCCUACGUGCGGGACGUGGGCGACGGCAGCAGCACUUCCAGCACGGGCAGCACCGACAGCCCCGACCACAAGCACCACGCGGGCGGCGGCAGCCCCGAGCACCUGCAGAAAGCCAGGCCGGAGGGCAGCCCGGAGCACGCCAAGCACGGGAGCGCCAGCCCGGAGCAUCUGCAGAAAGCCAGGGCCUCCGGGACCCCAGAUCACCCCAAAGCGCUCAAAGGCCCCAGCCCCGAGCACCACAAACCCUUGUGCAAGGGCAGUCCAGAACAGCAGAGGCACCCACACGCAGGGAACAGCCCGGAAACGCUGCCCAAGCACGUGCUGAGCGGGAGCCCCGAACACUUCCAGAAGCACAGGCCCGGGGGCAGCCCGGAGCACCCCAGGCACAGCGGAGGAAGCCCCGAGCAUCUGCAGAAACACGCCCUUGGUGGGAGCCUGGAGCACCUCCCCAGGGUCAGGGGCACCAGCCCCGAGCACCUCAAACAGCAUUUCGGGGGGAGCCCUGAUCACAAACACGUGGGUGGAGGCGGCGGCAGCGGCAGCAGCAGCAGGGAGGGCACCCUCCGAAGGCAGGCGCAAGAGGAUGUGUCAGCCCAUCACCGGAAUGUCUACAGUGGCAUGAACGAAUCAACCUUGUCCUAUGUUAGGCAGCUGGAGGCAAGAGUAAGACAGCUGGAGGAAGAAAAUCGCAUGCUGCCCCAGGCCACCCAGAAUAGAAGGCAACCUCCAACUAGAAACAGCUCAAAUAUGGAGAAAGGCUGGGGGCCCAGAGCCCGGCGGGUCUUGCAGUGGUGGCAAGGGUGCCGAGGAAUAGGACGAUGCCUGCCCACUCUCCCGGGUUCUUUUAGGUUGUCAUCAGGGGCUGAUGGGAGUAACAGUUCACCCAACUCUCCAGCUAGCUUCAGUGGACAUACCACACCUUCUCAGCAGCCUGAACCUGUGGUACACUCUCUUAAGGUUGUAUGGAGGAAACUUGGAGAUGCUGCAGGUUCGUGUCCUGGAAUUAGGCAACAUUUGUCUGGAAACCAGUACAAGGGACCCAUGUGAGACGCACUCUCUUUCAAACAUGACAUCACCACUGCAAGAGAGAUAAGAGAGGAAAGAGUGGAUUUCCACAAACCUGGAGUAAUUGUACAUUGCACAUAUUUUCCCUCGAAAAACUUUAGUAUGGCUGAAGUUGUAUUUUUUGUCUCUCACUUUGAUGUUCACUACAGUCCAUCUUAAACAAGGUAGCUUUGAAAAUCACCAUUUUGGUACCAAUAUUUUCAUUAGAACUAAAAUGUUUUUGACUCUUCAGGUCUGAAAUUGUAAUGGGGAAACCUGCAUGAUUGGAAGAGUCCAGUAGAGCCUCAGUGGUUUUGAUAGAAUCGAAUCAUUGCAUAUCAUGGUGGGAGUGUUCUACCAUGUUGUUGAAGAUAACAAGUGGUUUCCAGCUUCCCAAGUUGGAGAGUUGGUAACCUAUUAUAUUUUAGUCAAUAAAAUACUAGUUCCUGAUGCAUAAUUAAUUUGGAUGCAAGAUAAGGUUAGGUUUCUUGGAUUUUGUUUUGACUUUUGAGGUACUAAAAUACCACAUCAGUUUUCCUUACCAGCUAGAAGGGUAGCAGGACUUUGUCGAGUGCAUUAUCAGAGUGCCAUUUACUUAAAUUAAUCAAAGUAAAUAUAUCUUUUCUUUCAUCUUAAUGUAUUAUUCAUGAAGACACAUCUUGGGGACAUAUCAAGCUCCACCUUCAGUGUAUUCAUUAAUGUUAAUAUUAACAAUUUCAAUUAAAGAACAAGCAAACAAUUUUUCUAAGUGUUUCCAGCUGUGAGAUGUCAAUUUCUACAAUUUAGUUGCUAGACAUGCUGUUAUAUUUAAUAAACUUUCUGUAAACUUUAAAAUAUUGCACUGCAUUUAUGAAAAAAGCUUUCUUAGCCUACAGCAGCUAUCUUAACGUUUUAUGAAACUGACGCAUGUCCUUCAUUAUUGAAGCUAAAAGCUCUCGUUCAGAUUGCUUGAGAUUUGAAAAGAGGUGUGCUAGCU